UGUAACCUCUCAGAGAGAAGCUGUGAAGCUCUGUGCUCAGUUCUCAGCUCCCAGUCCUCCAGUCUGAGAGAGCUGGACCUGAGUAACAACAACCUGCAGGAUUCAGGAGUGAAGCUGCUGUCUGCAGGACUGAGGAGUCCACACUGGAAACUGGAAACACUCAGACUGAGUGGCUGUAACCUCUCAGAGAGAAGCUGUGAAGCUCUGUCCUCAGUUCUCAGCUCCCAGUCCUCCAGUCUGAGAGAGCUGGACCUGAGUAACAACAACCUGCAGGAUUCAGGAGUGAAGCUGUCUGUCGGACUGCAGAGUCCACACUGGAAACUGGAAACACUCAGACUGAGUGGCUGUAACCUCUCAGAGAGAAGCUGUGAAGCUCUGUGCUCAGUUCUCAGCUCCCAGUCCUCCAGUCUGAAAGAGCUGGACCUGAGUAACAACAACCUGCAGGAUUCAGGAGUGAAGCUGAUGUGUGCUGGACUAAAGAGUCCACAUUGUACUUUGGAAACGCUCAGACUGAGUGGCUGUAACCUCUCAGAGAGAAGCUGUGAAGCUCUGUCCUCAGUUCUCAGCUCCCAGUCCUCCAGUCUGAGAGAGCUGGACCUGAGUAACAACAGCCUGCAGGAUUCAGGAGUGAAGCUGCUGUCUGCAGGACUGAGGAGUCCACACUGUAAACUGGAAACCCUCAGACUGAGUGGCUGUAACCUCUCAGAGAGAAGCUGUGAAGCUCUGUGCUCAGUUCUCAGCUCCCAGUCCUCCAGUCUGAGAGAGCUGGACCUGAGUAACAACAACCUGCAGGAUUCAGGAGUGAAGCUGAUGUGUGCUGGACUGAGGAGUCCACAUUGUACUUUGGAAACGCUCAGACUGUCAGGCUGUCUGAUCACAGAGGAAGGUUGUGCUUCUCUGGCCUCAGCUCUCCCCUCCCAUCUGAGAGAGCUGGACCUGAGCUACAAUCAUCCAGGAGACUCAGGAGUGAAGCUGCUGUCUGCUAAACAGGAGGAUCCACACUGCAGACUGGACACUCUCAGGUAUGAAGAGGCCUGCUGCAGCCACAGACUGUCUGAUAGAGGAGGUCUUUUUGGUUAAUGUUGGAUAUGAGUUGUAACGGCUAAGGCCAGGAAUCCACUGACUCCUGCUGCACCAGCCACAGCAGCUGCAUCUGUGGAGGUCAAAAACUAGUUGGCCUUUCCCUCGGGCAACACCUGUGCCUGGUUGCACCUGCCCUCCUAAGUAGAUGAGCCCCAAUUAGAUAUGCCGGCACUAUGGUACCACCUACUGGCCAAACGGUGACGUACAACAUUAAAAUGGCUCCUACAUGAGUGUUGAUAUGAUCAUAUGAACAAUCACACAUGUAGGAAGCCUUUUUCUUUUGCUCAGAAGAGAAACACUAACUAAACAUAAAAUGGAAAUAUUUUUGUAGGAGAUCUCCAAGGAGAACAUCUCCAGGAAUGAACAUGAUAAUUGUCUGGUAAUAAUAUGUAAUUAUAACAAUAUAAUAACUGUCAUUUUGAGAAAUAACCUUGUUUGCCCUCUUACCCGGGAUCGAAUCACUUUCAUCUCUUUUACUUAAAGUUAUAUUCACCAGAUAGAAGAUAAAAGAAGAGUGUGUGUGUGUGAUAGACAGUGUGUCUUUGUUCUCAGCUGUAUGGCUGGUGUGCACAAGCCUGGAUACAGGUGUAGAACAAAGAAAGCAUGUGCAGUGGGAACGUUAAGUUUCUUUCUGCAAGUGUGGCGUUGGCUGAGAACACGAUAACCUCAAGUUAAAGGGUCACAGGAAUAAAUCUCAGUGAAAAAUGUACAUUGAUCAAAAGCUACACAGUCCUGUGUUUAGCCAAGUAAAGUUACAGUUAAGCUAUGAGAGGCUAUAAUCCGCAGUCAAGACUAGUUCACACUACACAAUUUAAAGCCCGAACUCAGACAGUUGGGUUGUGACUGGGGGCAAAUCAGCCAUCGAUCAGUGGCAUACAGAUAUCUAGCAAUCUAAAUAGAGGGCUUGACAAUAACGGUGGCCCGGUGGCCCGGGGCCAGGAAAAAGUCGAGACAGUUGAACUAGCAACUCACUGGCCCGAUCAAAACAUUGUUUUUUCCUUUUUUUAAAGAGGUGGUAUUAUGCUUUUUGGCUUUUCCCCUCUUC